AUGUGGUCUAGAGGCGGCGCGUCCGUGGCGCCAGUGGGAAAGCCGGCAGCGUACGGCGCGCGAGCACCUAUGGCUGCUGCAGCGGUCCCCGAGACGCACGAAGGCGUGGAGGUGGGGGCCGUGGCGCUCAACGCGGUGCAGCGCCGCAACGCGCGCGUCUCUGCGGGCGACCGGGUGCCGGUGGGGAGGUGGGUGGUGGCGAUAGCGACCGGGGGGAGCGACAGGGUGGCUGCGGGUAGGGGAGCUGUGGGGGAAAGGGGGGAGGGAGAGAGGGUGCCUAUGGGGGAAAGGGGGGAGGGAGAGAGGGUGCCUGUGGGGGAAAGGGGGGAGGGAGAGAGGGUGCCUGUGGGGGAAAGGGGGGAGGGAGAGAGGGUGCCUGUGGGGGAAAGGGGGGAGGACAGGGUGCCUGUGGGGAGGUUCGUUCCCCCACCAAUGAACUUUGAGCUACAGACCACCACGCUGGAGAUUGACUUCCACUCCAAGGGCCGAGCCAGAGCCGAGCAGCUGGACGCAGCAGAGCUAACAAAGGACGUGCUGAAGCGCUUUGCAGGGCAGGUGCUGACGGUGGGGCAGACGAUAUCCUUUGAGUUCCACGGCACCAACUUCGCCCUCACCAUCAUUCUCCUGGACGCAGCAGAGCUAUCAAAGGACGUGCUGAAGCGCUUUGCAGGGCAGGUGCUGACAGUGGGGCAGAAGGUCUCCUUUGAGUUCCGCGGCACCAACUUCGCCCUCACUGUCAUUCUCGUGGAGUUCCCAGCGCCUGAGGGGCAGGAGGGCGCACGGGCGUUUACCUCCACGCGAGGGCUGCUGGUGAAGCAGACAGGGAUCAUCUAUGAAGCUGCUGCUGGCUCAGGCAUCAAGACGUCUCAGAAGAUCUCCUUUGAGUUCCGUGGGACCAACUUCGCCCUCACUGUCAUUCUCGUGGAGUUCCCACCUCCUGAGGGGCAGGAGGGCGCACGGGCGUUUACCUCCACGCGAGGGCUGCUGGUGAAGCAGACAGGGAUCAUCUAUGAAGCUGCUGCUGGCUCAGGCAUCAAGGUGCCAAAUCGCUACUGCCAAUCACUACUACUGUUCAAGCAGAAGGACUUCAACUUAGAGAAGCUCGGCAUUGGAGGGAACGACGCCCAGUUUUCCCAUCCAUGUCUUCCCAUCCCAUGCCGUCUUUUGAGGCGCCUCAAAAGCCAUCCAUGUCUUCCCAUCCCAUGCCGUGCUCCCCCUCUCUCUGUGGUGAAUCAGAGGGCAGGGGGUGCCAAAGCAGCAUCGCUAUUCAAGCAGAAAGACUUCAACUUUGAGAAGCUCGGCGUGGUGAAUCAGAGGACAGGGGGCGGCAAGGCAGCGGCGCUAUUCAAGCAGAAGGACUUCAACUUUGAGAAGCUUGGCAUCGGAGGUCUUGAUGCCCAGUUUGCUGAUAUCUUCCGCCGAGCCUUCGCCUCCCGCGUCUUCCCACCGCACAUCAUCUCGCGGUGA